GGAGGGGGGGGGGCAUCUCCAUCUCCAUUCCUCCCCAGCCCACUUCUUUUCCCCUCGCCCUUGCACCUUAAUUUUUUCUAUCUUGUUCUUGGAGACCUGGAAUCUGCUGUCGGUUCAGUUUGGGAUGACUGUGGCCCGAUAAUCAGCACCCUCUCUCCCAAUCCCCCUCGAAGACCGGUCCCCGCGUCCUCUAGCCCGCGCGCUUUCAGUCCCUUCGUUCACGACAACAUUCCUCUAUACCACCUCCUCAAUUCGAUUCCUCUGGCUUUGCGCGCGCGUUAUUUCCGUCCCUCCUCCAUCAGCCACCCCCGCGUGUCUUUACAUGGCAUGAGGACUCUCGACCGUACGCGCCCAGCCGACCUUCAAUUUGCCGCCAAUCUGUAA